AUGUUCGCGCGAACUCUCGUUGCCUUGUGCAGCGUCUUGUUGAACACACAAGUCGAUGCCUUACGCUACGAAGAACAGUUUGUGGGCUACAAUCUGAAUACAAAUCAGACGGCAACAUCACCCUUUGAUUACUAUGGAAAAUGGGAAGAUCAUGAAUUUCACAAAUCUCCUGAUAAUUGGCGUUUUCCCUUCUACUCUUUCUUUCUGGAUAAAUUCGUGAAUGGAGAUCCAACGAACGAUGAUAUCAAUGGAACCAAUUUCGAAACUGAUUUCAUGCAAACCCAAUUACGACAUGGAGGUGAUCUACAGGGUCUCAUUGACAGUCUGGACUAUAUACAAGGAAUGGGAAUAAAAGGAAUCUAUAUCGCCGGAAGUCCUAUGAUCAAUAUGCCUUGGGGUGCGGAUCAGUACUCUCCUCUGGAUUUCAGUCUUCUCGACCAACAUUUUGGAGAUAUCGAUUUGUGGAGGAAAACCACCACAGCCAUCCAUGACAGGGGAAUGUAUGUGAUGCUCGACAAUACCAUGGGAACUAUGGGAGACUUGAUUGCUUUCAAAGGCUAUGAAAAUUCUUCGACUCCGUUUACCCUCGUCGAGCACGAAGUUCUUUGGCGUAAUGAAGGCCGCCAAUAUCUAGAUUUUUCCUUCGGGUCGAAGUACAAUGAGUCCUGCAACUACCCUAGAUUUUGGCUUGACACUGGAUAUACCGUCAAGGAAGAUGUCACUGACCUCAUGAAUGGAUGUUACGAUUCCGAAUUCGAUCAAUAUGGUGAUACCGAAGCUUUUGGUGUCUUCCCCGAUUGGCAACGUCAGUUGUCUAAGUUUGCCUCUGUCCAGGAUCGUCUGAGAGAAUGGGUUCCAUCAGUGAGAACUAAAAUCGAAAUCUUCACUUGUAUGAUUAUCCAGCAAUUAGACAUUGAUGGGAUACGUGUGGACAAAGCGACACAAAUUACGGUCGAUGCAUUGGGAAGUUUCAGUCACGCAUUGAGAGAAUGCGCAAGAGGCGUGAAUAAGACAAAUUUCAUGGUUACUGGUGAAAUUACUGGAGGAAAUACUUUUGGAAGUAUUUACCUUGGGCGUGGACGUCAACCUGACAUGUUACCGUCCAGUAUGGCAAACGCGGUUAAAAUGACCUCCAAUUCUAGUUUGGCAUAUUUCAUCCGUGAUCCUGACCAAAACGCACUCGACUCUGCUGCCUUCCAUUACAGUAUUUAUCGCACGCUGACUCGAUUUCUGGGAAUGGACGGAAACUUGGCAAGUGGUUAUGAUACACCAACUAACUGGGUAGAUGCGUGGAACGAAAUGCUUGUAACGAAUGAUCUUAUCAAUCCCAAUACUGGAGUUUUCGAUCCAAGACAUAUGUACGGAGUCAGCAAUCAGGAUGUUUUCAGAUGGCCAGCUAUCCAGAAUGGCACACAAAAACAACUUCUAGGACUUUUCAUUACGACUAUACACAUGCCUGGUAUCCCUUUGCUCUUGUGGGGUGAAGAGCAAGCAUUUUAUGUCUUAGACAACACAGCCGACAAUUAUCUCUUCGGUCGACAAGCUAUGUCUCCUUCUCAAGCAUGGCAAACUCACGGAUGCUACGCCCUUGGCAGUGGUACCUUCUAUCAAUUUCCCGGCGACUCUUGCACUCGAGGUUGUAAUGAUGAGUGGAACAGCCGCGAUCAUAGAGAUCCAUCUCAUCCAGUUCGGAAUAUUAUCAAGGCAAUGUACCAGAUGCGAGACAACUACCCAGUUUUGAAAGAUGGAUGGUUUUUACAACAGCUUUCCAACCAGACAGUUGAAAUCCUCUUGCCAGGUAGUAACGGUACAGCUACUGAAACUGGAAUGUGGAGUACCAUGCGAAGUCAAUAUGAUGGUAUUCAGGACUUAUCUAAAGCUGGUGGUCAAGCAAAUCAGUCUAUUUGGAUGGUUUACCACAACAACUAUGACACAGUCACAUAUUCUUUUGAUUGCAGUAACAACGAAACUGCCCUCGUUGCUCCUUUCCUCGAUGGCGUCACCGUCAAGAACCUGUUCUAUCCGUAUGAGGAAGUUACACUGAAAGCAGGACCUUUCAAGCUUGGGAUCGCAAAUCAAACUGGCUUCAAUGGCUGUCUUGAUAGUCUCACUCUUGUUCCAUACGAGUAUAAAGCAUAUGUGCCAAAAAAGAACUGGGUUGGGCCUUCGCCUAUGAUUACCUCAUUUUCACCAGGACACGAUGCACGACUUGUCUCAUCAGUUGCCCCCGGAGAACAAGAAACCAUCGAAAUUGAAUUUGGUUUCAGUGCCGAAAUGAAGUGCUCUGAUCUCAUUUCGAAAAUGACAAUCACCUCAGCAACGGAAGACGGACAGGUUGCAACAUUAGCCAAUGCUACCGGCGAAUACUCUUGUACUUUGCUUCCAAGUCCGGUCAAUGUCACCGAAUUCGUCGGAUCCAUUCCAACUAUGUGGACUUUCAAAGGAAAACUUACCAAUGUAUCCAACGGUGUCCACUCGAUUACUCUCACCAAUGUCUCCAGCAACUCUGGAAAUUCCUCAACUGGAGCCACAGAUACAUUUUUGUUCCGCAUUGGACAAGUUGAUAAUCCUAUCACUUUCCCCGGUUCCGCAAACUUCACAAGAGAACUACUUCACAAGUAUGAUAAUGGCACAUUAUAUGUUAGCCACAAAGCUGCUGGAGCGGAUCAGUUUAAAUAUUCUUUGAACUGGGGAAGUUCAUGGUCUGAAUGGACGCCAUAUGUUGGUGGAAAUACCACACUUGAACCACAGGCUUGGACUGGUACAAGCAAGCAAAAGUGGGACGGCGAUCACGUCAUCAUGCAAUAUUGGAGCAAACUUACUGGUAGCAGUGAUGUGGUUCAACAUGCCGAUCUAGAAACUAACACCUGGUCGCGUCGUCUUCCGCACUUGUUCGCUAAUGGUCCAUUCAACCAGUAUGGUUAUGAUACUGGUAUCGAAAAUGGUUUCUCCUUAAACAAGGAAGACAGUCUCUGGGAAUACAAGUUUAUGACUGAAUGGCCAGCCGUCAUGCAAGUGAAUGUUUGGGGUAUGAAUCCUGAUGGACAACCUGACGAGACUAUCGUUUUGGGAGAUAUCGACAAUGAUAAUAUUCUUGACCGUAUGCCACCCUCAUCGCUGUCCACAGCGCUCAUCAACAUUACACGUGUGCCGCCAUCACCAUAUCUCGGAUAUAAAAUUGCAAUCGACGACGGUAACUAUAGAUACUAUCAAAUCCCAUACGGAAAUCGUUCCUACCAAAUGUUGAUGGUUGUCCUUUUCUGGAUUGUUCCUGUUCUCAGUGGUGGUCUCAGUAUCUGGCUGUUCAUGAAAUCUUUCUACGCUGUCAAACUCAACAGUGUCGGUGUCAAGGAGGCAAAGAAUUAUAUCCCAUUGGCACUGCGCAGAAAGCUGAAGAGAGAAAAGAAAGAGGACGAAUCUGAGAAAGAAAUGACAGUCAUGGGAGGAUUACACUCAAUGUUCCACGAAAACGCCACACAACUUGGACUUCAAGCCGAUGUUGCAGCUACCGGACGACGAACUGUACUUAUUGCUACUAUGGAAUACGAUAUCGAAGAUUGGGCUAUCAAGAUCAAGAUUGGAGGUCUUGGUGUCAUGGCCCAAUUGAUGGGAAAGAACUUGGGUCAUCAAGAUCUCAUUUGGGUCGUUCCUUGUGUUGGCGGGAUCGAUUAUCCUAUUGAUCACCAAGCUGAACCUAUGGAUGUCACAAUUCUUGGAAAUUCCUACACUGUUCAGGUCCAGUACCACACUCUACGAAACAUCACUUACGUUCUUCUUGAUGCACCAGUUUUCAGAGCACAAUCUAAAUCCGAGCCAUACCCAGCUCGUAUGGAUGAUUUGGACUCGGCCGUUUACUACAGUGCUUGGAAUCAAUGUAUUGCUCUUACUAUCAAGCGUUUCCCUGUUGAUUUGUAUCACAUCAACGAUUACCACGGAGCCGUCGCACCAGUCCAUCUUCUCCCAGAAACAAUUCCAUGUUGUUUGUCCCUCCACAACGCCGAGUUCCAAGGUUUAUGGCCCAUGCGUAACCAGAAAGAGAGAAGCGAAGUCUGUCAAGUCUACAAUAUUCCAGAAGAAGUCGCCAUCAAGUACGUUCAAUUCGGAGACGUGUUCAAUUUACUCCACGCUGGAAGUUCGUAUCUUCGCAUUCAUCAAAAGGGUUUCGGUGCUGUCGGUGUCAGUAAGAAAUACGGAAAGCGUUCCUGGGCAAGAUAUCCUAUUUUCUGGGGAUUGAGUAAGAUCGGUAAUCUUCCUAAUCCUGAUCCUUCUGAUACUGGAGACUGGAAUGGUACUCAAGAUUCGACGGGGAAGACGAUUGUUAACCAGGACUUUGAAAAUCAAAGAGGCGAGCUCAAAAGACAAGCACAGGAAUGGGCUGGUCUUGAACAAAAUCCUAAAGCUGAGCUCUUGGUUUUCGUCGGGAGAUGGUCAAUGCAAAAGGGUAUUGAUUUGAUUGCUGAUGUUAUGCCUGCCGUUUUGGAGGAGAACCCAAAUGUUCAACUUAUUUGCGUUGGUCCUGUUAUUGAUCUUUAUGGAAAAUUUGCCGCUCUCAAACUCGAUGUCAUGAUGACCAAGUACAAGGGCCGUGUCUUCAGUAAACCUGAGUUCACUGCUCUUCCACCAUUCAUUUUCUCGGGAGCCGAAUUCGCCUUGAUUCCAUCUAGAGAUGAACCUUUCGGUCUUGUCGCUGUAGAGUUCGGUAGAAAGGGAGCUUUGGGUAUUGGUGCUCGUGUUGGUGGUCUUGGUCAAAUGCCUGGUUGGUGGUUCACUGUUGAAUCUACCACCACCACCCACAUGCUUCAUCAAUUCAAACAAGCCAUCAAGGAAGCCUUGGCCUCCAAAUUGGAAACUCGUCAAAUAAUGAGAGCACGAUCUGCUAAGCAACGUUUCCCAGUCGCUCAAUGGGUCAAUGAUCUUGAGAUACUGCAAAGUAAAGCAAUCAAGAUUCACGACAAGGAAGAGGCCAAACACUCUGGUAGACCUAGAUCUAGAGGAAGAGAUGGAGGAAAUAUUUUCUAUUCUUCCGCUAAGAGAUUGUCGAGUUUCGGUACCAGUUUGGCUAGUACCUCACAACUUGAUGUUGCCAGUACCAUUGGUGGCUCUACCAGGCCAUCCUCGCCAACCCGUGUUGAACAGCCACCAGCCGGAGGUGGACUCAACCGCAAGCUUUCUUUGGGAUACAGAGCUGGUCCUGGUCAUCGCGUAAUGAAGAACAGAUUCAAUGGUAGUAAUGCAUCGAUCGGAAUGGGUGGUCAAGUCAAACAUGACGAAGGACUGACCGAUGUGGAUGAAGACAGCGAUGAUGAAGAUGCCCGAGUUCGUGACGACAUUUACGAUGAAUACGUACUCACCCCUGAAGAAUUAGAAGCCCGAAGACAACAAGAGCAAUUCAGAGGACGAUCUGACAGUCCUGCCGGAGGCGCAUUCCUCGCACCACAACCAGGAUACUUGGAUUCUCCACGAAGAAGUCCAAGUGCUAAUACUGGUAGUCUGCAUAUCAAUGACUCGGAAUUGUCAUUACCACGUCUCAAGGAUGGCUCAAAUAUCUAUUCCACUCACUCGAUACCUGGUUCCCCUGGUUUGGAGUCACCAGGAACACCUGGAGCACACGAUUCUUUGCUUCCUCCUCCAUCGAUAUUUGGAGCCGGUGGUGAAAACAACAGAGCUUCCAUGCUUAGUUUGAGUUCGGUCAUCGGAGACAAGACAGAUUUCAAACUUCAAAAGGUUGAUCCAUUCUUCACUGAUACUCAAGGAGAAUACUAUCAACAAUUUGCCAAGAAUCUUGAUGGUCUUGAUGGAAAGAAUAGUGAAGGACAACUGUGUAUCGAGGAAUACUUGAUCAAAUCUGAAAAGAAAUGGUUCGACCGAUUCCGUGAUGCACGAUUGGGAAGAAGCUCAGUCGCACCUUCAUUCUCUGCCCUUGGAAGUGGAAGAAGAUCUCACGACAGCCGUGGACGAUCCAAUAGUCGGGAUAGCUUUACCAACGAUACCAUUACCCACUCAAGGCAAAACUCUAGUCAAGAUAACAUGGCACUCACUGGCGGAAAUGCUCCCAAUGAUCAAUUCUUACUCGGCAAAGAUUAUAAACCACCUACUGGUCUCCGCCUGGUCAUGCAAUACCGCUUCUUUGAUUGGCCGGUCUAUUCAUUCUUGCUCGCCUUCGGUCAAAUCAUUGCAGCCAAUUCUUAUCAAAUUACUCUUCUUACUGGUACCGUGGGUCAAACUGCAGAGAAACUUUACAUCACAGCAACUAUUUAUCUGGUUACCUCGAUCAUGUGGUGGGAAGUCUUCUCCUUCUUCAAGUCAAUCUACGUCCUCAGUAUUCCAUUCAUCUUCUACGGAUUGGCCUUUUUCCUCCUCGGUAUGGCUCCUUUCGUUGACGGCGUUGAUGGAAAGGGUUGGGUCCAGAACGUGGCUACUGGUUUGUAUGCUGUUGCCGCUUCAUCGGGUAGUAUAUUCUUCGCUCUAAAUUUCGGAGACGAAGGAGGAUCUCCCGUGAAAGCCUGGGUUUUCCGUGCCUGUAUCAUUCAAGGAACACAACAAGCUUAUGUCGUCAUUCUCUGGUUCUGGGGAUCUUAUCUCAACAGACGACAAGCUGAUGGUCUCGGAACUUCCUUUACAACUGCCAGUCCCAAAAUGUCUGCAGUCGUUCUUCCUAUUGCGAUACUUAUGUGGGCGGUUGGUCUGGUCACUUACCUCGGAUUGCCAGAAUAUUAUCGACAAGCGCCUGGAAAAGUACCAUCAUUCUACGCCUCGCUCUUCAGACGUAAGAUUGUCAUGUGGUUUUUCGUCACUGUGUUGAUCCAGAAUUUCUUCCUCUCAACGCUCUACGGUCGUAACUGGCUUUAUCUGUUCUCCUCCAACCAUGCUCCUACAUGGGCCAUCGUGCUUCUCAUCAUCUUCUUCUUUGGGUUCUUAUGGGCAGCCUUCCUCUGGUUCUUCGCAAUCUUGAGUAAAGAUCACAGUUGGGUUCUCCCAAUUUUCGCCAUCGGUCUCGGAGCUCCUAGAUGGUGUCAAAUGCUCUGGUCAUGCACCCCAAUUGGUCAAUACAUACCAUGGGUUGGCAACGGACUCGCCAGCGCUCUUUUCUCCCGAUCAUUGUGGCUUUGGCUUGGUAUGCUCGAUGCACUUCAAGGUGUAGGAUUCGGUAUGCUGUUGCUCCAGACUCUUACCCGUGUUCACAUUGCUUUCACGCUCAUUGCGGCUCAAGUUUUGGGUUCAAUCGCUACUAUUGUAGCCAGAGCAUGUGCACCAAACAACAUUGGACCUGGACCCGUCUUCCCCGAUUUUAGUGACGGGGCAGCUGGUCUUGGCAAUGCAUGGUUCUGGAUCGGGUUGAUUUUACAACUUGUUAUUUGUGGUGGAUUUUUCACAUUCUUCAGAAAAGAGCAACUUAGCAAGCCUUAG